AUGUCCAUGUUUCAUGCAGUUUGGGCCUCCUUACUGGACAUUGCCGUUGCCAGUUGGCUGCUUGGACUCCAGCUCUCGCUCGCUUGUCUAGCCCCUAUUGUACUUGUUCUGACUGCGACGUCUAAAAUAUCGGUGGCCACAAAGACAGCGCAGACGCGGUGGAUUGAAAAGAUCCAGGAGCGGCUCCGAGCGACUACGAGCAUGCUUGGUGAAAUCAAAGCCGUGAAGAUGCUCGGGCUCACUGAAGUCAUGUCCAACAAGAUCCAAAGUCUCAGAGAAGAGGAGAUCAACACAUCCAAGUCGUUCCGAAAACUCCUUGUGGCAACUUUGUUGCUCUGUAAGUAUCUUGGCUGCGCUAUGGUUGUCUUGUAUGCUUAUCAGAACGAUUCAGCACUCACUCCGAUCAACCUCGCCCCUAUUGUCACUUUUGCUGUUUAUACCAUUAUUUCCGUCUACUGGAAGAAUGACACAUUGCUACCUGCACAAGCGUUCACCUCGAUUGCUCUGAUUGCACUGCUCACCACACCCGUCGUCAGUUUCAUCCAGCUGUUGCCCAUGGUUGUGCAGUCAUUCGCUUGUUUCGAGCGCAUUCAAGACUUUUGCAACUAUAGCCAUAAUGCGGAAAAGAAUGAUGAGCAAGACAUUACCCCUAGCCUUCAAGACACUCAGUCGAGAGCUGAGAUUGGGCUGAUAUCGCUGACCUCUGACGGCACGAAGAGCCUUACUUCUUUACCGCAGGAUCAUAUCGUCUCAUGGCACGGUCAGAGCUUUGGAUGGCAAAAAGAACAGACUUUGCUCCACAACCUCACUGUCAGAAUCCAGCGAGGUGCUGUGACUGUUGUUGUUGGUCCAGUCGGAAGUGGCAAGUCGACUUUCUUAAACGCGGUUUUAGGCGAACUGAUCUCUACUUCGUCAAAUCAGAAGCCGGUUCCGGAAAAGUGGUACAAGAGAGAUGCAAUGGCGUAUUGCUCUCAAACUCCUUGGCUUGAGAACGGCACUAUUCGACAAAACAUUCUUGGGGUUUCAUCCUAUAAUCAAAAAUGGUACGACACCGUUGUGUAUGCUUGCGGACUUGAGGCCGACUUGCGAGCACUCCAGAAAGGUGAUUACACUCUCGUUGGUAGUAAGGGCGUCAACCUCAGCGGUGGCCAAAAACAACGCAUCGCACUAGCACGAGCCGUCUACUCCAGACGCAAGGUGAUGAUCCUCGACGAUGUUUUCAGUGGAAUGGAUGCUGGAACUUCUCACCACGUCUCGAACAGUUUGCUUGAAGGCGAUGGCCUCCUUAGGAAACAGCAUACAUCGGUUAUUAUGGUAACUCACCAUCACAAUAUGAUUACCAUUGAAAACGGCAGAAUCCAGGAAGCUGGCAGUCUUGCAAACCUGGUACAGAGCCAGGGGUAUGUCAGCAAGCUCGGUCUAAGGAUGCCCUCUGACGAUGGAAUCGAGAACGCGCACACCGAUGAGUCUGAAGCUCCCGUUGACCAACCAGGCAAAUCAACCGACAGGAGUGGACAAGACGAGACCCAUCAUACCGACGUCCGACGGAAGAAUGGGGAGAAGGCGGUUUACAUGUACUACUUUCGUAACGCAGGGUGGAAGGCUGUGGCCUUAUACGGCAUCUCUGUCGUGGCAUGGAUCUUCUUCUCCGAGUUUUCAACCGUCUGGGUCAAGUGGUGGUCCGAGGCGAACACGGCCGCGCCCAACAAGAGCGUCGGAUACUACAUGGGCAUAUACGCCAUGUUUGGGGUCCUAGGGACUCUGGGUGCUUCACUGGCCGCCUGGUUCGCCUUCCUCGACGUUGUGUCCAAUACAGCUCUCAAUCUCCACACCGACCUCCUCAAGACCGUUCUCGCAUUCAGCGAAGACAUGCAACUUCUCGACAUGGACUUGCCCGCCACGAUGGUGAACUACACGUCCACCGCCGUAUCUGUCCUGGCCAAAAUCAUAAUCCUGGCCGUCUUCUCCCAGUACCUCGGAGCCACUCUACCCGUCCUCGGCACUGUGCUCUACUUCCUCCAACGCUUCUACCUGCAGACAUCUCGCCAGAUACGCCUGCUGGGGAUCGAGGCCAAAGCACCCCUCUACACCCACUUCACCGAGUCCGUGGCUGGCGUCGCGACGAUCCGCGCGUUCCGCUGGCAGGCCCAGUACCAGGAGCGCAACUAUCGCCACAUCGACACGUCGCAGCGCCCCAACUACGUCCUGAGCUGCAUCCAGGCUUGGCUCGCCUUUGUGCUGAAUCUCGUCGUGGCCGCGCUCGCCGUCGUGCUCGUGUCGACCGUGGUGACGUGGCACGCAAAGUUCAGUGCGAGCAGCGUCGGCGUCAGUCUCGUCAUGGUCAUCGGCUUCAGCGAGGUUCUGGCGCGUCUUAUCCAGACCUGGACCAAACUCGAGUCCAGCGUAGGGGCAGUUGCUAGGGUCAGGCGCUUUGUGACGGAGACUGAGACUGAAGCGGUCGCUGGGAAGACGUCUCUGCCGACAUUGUGGCCGUCGGCCGGGGCGCUCAAGUUCUCCAACAUAGUCGCGUCGUACAGCCCGGACGCGGACCCGGUGCUCAAGGGCGUCACCCUGUCCAUUGAUGCCGGCCAGCACGUUGCGAUAGCGGGUCGUUCUGGUAGCGGCAAGACAUCACUCAUCCUCAGCCUGCUGCAGAUGAUGAAUGUGAGAGAGGGCAAGAUUGAGCUGGACGGCGUAGACGUGUCGGCCUUGGUGCCAGCCGAUCUCCGCUCUCGCAUCAACGUCGUCUCUCAAGAUUCCUUCCUAAUGCCUGGAUCCGUUCGUUUCAACAUUGAUCCCUUUGGCGCUUGCCCGAACGAUGAAGAGAUUACCCAGGCGUUGGAAAAGGUCGGCCUUUGGGGCCUUGUUCAGGGCCAGGGCGGCCUGGACAAGGACAUGGAUACCAAGGCCUGGUCGGCUGGCCAGAAGCAGCUUCUCUGCUUGGCCAGGGCCAUGGUGCGGCAGUCCAAGGUGUUGAUAUUGGAUGAGGCAAUGAGCAGCGUGGACACCGAGACGGAGUCAGUCAUGCAGAAUAUUAUCGACAACGAGUUCGGUGGCUGCACGGUGCUGGCUGUCAUGCACCGACUCACGCACGUGGCUCGCUAUGAUAAGGUUGCGUUGUUUGGUGACGGGGAGCUUUUGGAAUUCGGCGAGCCAACUUCCUUGAUGUCUGAGGAGACUAGGUUUGCUGAGCUCUACAGGCUGAACGGAGACUGA